AUGGUUCCUCAGCUCGAUAUGAAGGAUGUCAAGUCCAGCUGCCAGCGCAAUCUGAGACACCUCAUGUACCUCCAGAACCAGCGGCGCGGCUAUGAUUACGCGUCGCAGGUCGACCUAGAGUGGCAGAUUCGCAGCCAAACGGGCAUCUUGAUAGGUGAGGUGCGGACGCUCCAGAACGAGGUCCGACGCAUGGUCAAGAAUGCGAAGAACCACCGAUGGCGGCGAUGGCUGUUUGGAGGAUUUCUGGCGACGUUUAUCCCGAUUGUGCGCAAGCUGUUUCGCCGAGGCUCGGAUUCUGAGUCGCUGGCUUCAUCCAACAACACCGAAUACGCAUUCCGCAAGUCAAAGGGUCUCCUCCAGCGCAUCAAAGAUACCGUCUUGGGCCAUCACCGUCUCGCCAGCAUCGCCUUCUUUGUCUUUUCGGUCAUGUACGUGUUCCAGAAUGAAGUCACAUUGCGGGUGGCCAAGACAGUACAGAAGCGCCUCAAGAAACUGUCCCAGCGGCUCGAGUAUAGCAACCAGGAGGUCGAUGAGAAGGACCUGAAGGUUCUAGAAGGCUGGCGAUGGAGAGUGCUUUUAUGGUGA